AUGGCAGCUGGGCCACUUCGACUCUUCGUGCGGGAUGCUCGGGGUCAGGAGCCGGUCCCUCGCCUGGUGGCCGCGGUGCCUCGCAGCGGGCUCUCGGUGGCCAGGCUGGCCGAUCGGCUGCGAAGUCUUUUGGGUGAGCAGACCGCCUUCGGCUUGGCCUUAGCCGGGAAAGUCCUGGGCCCGAACGCCCCGGCGCGCAGCGUGCUUUACGACGGCGCUGUCGUUGACGUUGUUGCCGACCUUGAUUUGAAGGGAGCUUUGGGCGGCCAGGAUACCUCGGAGCCACUCCACACGCCGGCAGAGCCCGCCAAGAAGCCGGAGAAGGUUCAGGUGACUGCGGCGCCGGUUCGGCGAACGCGCUUGGACUUCUUAACACCUUCGUUGCGGCGUCAGCUUUUCGAUCCACCUCCUGCCCCACCAACGGUCAGCGAGACCAAGGCGCCUAAGCCGAGUGAGGCGGUGGAGGAGAAGGGAGCCUUUGAGGAACCUCGUGAGAAGGUUGGUCUCAAACUCGUCGCGGAUCGGGCACCUGGUGAGCUCCGCUGGCGCCUGGCCGUGGCCGACGAAGCGCGGAGGAGCUUCGCCGCACACCUUCCUCAGGCUCUGGACCCUGGCCAAGCGGCUCGCUUCCUUGCCGAAGCCAUCGGGAAGGUGGACUGGCAGCAGCCGGAAGGCCGCUGGGGCCCCAUCCCCCGCAAGACGGCCUGGCUCACCUCGGGCGGCUGCCGCUGUCGCUACGGCUACGGCGGGCUGCGGAUAGGGUCCGAGCCCUUCCCGGAGUGGCUGAAGGAGGUCACUGCCCUCUGCAUGCCCUUGUGCGGCCUCCCCGAGGAGAAGGAUUGGCCCGACAGCUGCAACCUGAACCUCUACGAGGAUGGCGAUCACUCCGUCGGUUGGCAUGCAGACGACGAGUUCCUUUUCCAAGGAAAGUUUACCGACUGUCUCAUCAUAUCCCUGUCCUUGGGCGGGACGCGCUGGUUCGAGCUCAAGACAAACGGGGAGCCCUUUGAGAUGCACCGAGUGCUCCUGCGGUCAGGAGAUCUCUGCACUAUGGAGGGCCUCAUGCAGAAGCACUACAGUCAUCGGGUGCCCAAGGAGCGACAAUCCUGCGAAGCGCGGGUGAACCUGACCUGGCGCUGGAUCGCCAGCCACGAGCCGCGCUGCGGCAUGCAGCCAACCGUGGACAUGAGGAAGAGACAUGCCCCGGUGAGCCAAGAUCCCGGAUUCCGCCCUAAGCGGCCGAAGACUGAGGCGCAGCCAGCGGCGCCCCGCCGCAAGCGCCCGGCCAGAGCCGUGGAGACGGACAGGGAGAAGGUGCUCGCGAUGCCGGCCGAGGUGAGGGCAAGAUGGCUCGCCGAUGCCAUGAAAGCUGUGGCUGCAAACGAGAUGGAUGCUGUCAGCAUCUUCGCCCUUGCUGCACACCCUGAUUUUGCGGAUGGGGUCUCGGAAGCCCUUGGCGCCCGCAUGCUUCGCGUGCUGCGUGGCAACGCGCGGCACUUCACUGAGGAGCAGGCCCGCGUGUUGCAAGAAACGUGUGCUGUGGCCCAACGCUUUGGGAGUGCGAUUCCUGCGGGAGAUUGCAAGAACGAGGGCGAGACAGAUUCCGGCCUUGGCCCCGGCACCAACGCACAGGAGGAGCAGAUGAAACUUCGGCAGCAGCAGCUUCAAGAUAUGCAGGCCGCAGCUACGGCACGGCGGCGGCGGCUCAUCGACGUGGACAUUGGCGAACAGCAGCGGCGCUGCGCUCUCUUCGCCAACCUCGCCAGGGGCUCGGUCGAUCCUUUGCUCCCCAUUGUGGCUCGGGCACUUCAUCCAGAAGGCAUCGAUUUCCUCGAGGAGGGCCUGGAGAUGCUGACCUAUCUCACGGCCUUCUGUGCCAAGCCCAUCUCUCCAGCACUUUGGGGUCCGUUCCCAAGGCUCUAUCAGGCGGUCUGUGGCAAGUCCACGGCCUCUUUGCAGCUGCCGGAGGUGUUGGAGGGCGGCUGGGCUCCAGAUUUCAUGACCAGCAUCCUGGAGCCGAUGUUGAACUACAUCGCCCGCGGCCCCAUCGAGAUCCUCUUCUCUGGCACCUGGGCCGAGGGCAGCAUGACCUAUGCCGACAUGGUCUUCAACAUGGUCAAGAAGGUCUUGCACUUGCCGGGCGUCGGCUCGGAGAAGGACGCCGCAGCUGCCGCCGAACUGGCUACAGCACUCUUCGCCCACGCGACACCUCCAGUUGCCGAUGCAUGGCUUCCUGCUUACUUCGGAGAAUUCUGGACACGGGUGGCCGAAGUUGAGACCAGCGACCUUCGGCAAGCUCUGCUAGUGGCCUUUGCCACGCAGAUGUGGUACAACCCGGAGCUUUUCCUCCGAUGCACUGAGCAGCGGGGAGUCACCACCCAGCUUUUUGAGGUGUGGAUGCAGAAGAUAUCUUCACUCCGCCGCUUGAAGCAUCGGAAGGUGGCGCUGUUGGGCUUGGUCCAACUUCUCCGUAUGGGCUGUGCGCAGGCACUCCCGGCCAACCUUGCCCAAGGACUGCCCCACCUUGUCACCACCUUGGCCGUCCAAAGCAAAGAGACCAUCCGACUCAGGGAGAAGGCAGCGAGCCGGCCCAAUGAUGAGGAUACAGACAGCGAGGAGGACGGGACUGCUGAGCCAGGGCAGAUGGACCAG